GACAUGGGAAGCGGCAAAGGGAAGCGUUAUGCAUGCAACUUUCCCCUACGAGAAGGCAUCACGGACGAGAAUUACAAACGCAUCUUUGAACCUGUCAUUGCCCAAGUGAUGGAGUCGUACCGUCCUGGGGCUAUCGUUCUCCAGUGCGGCACAGACUCGUUGUCGGGAGAUAAACUAGGCUGUUUCAACAUGUCCAUGCGAGGCGGAGGCUACACGAUGCGAAAUGUCAGUCGCGCCUGGGCAUUCGAAACCGGACUCGCGGCCGGAUAUGAAUUAGGCAGUGAGCUGCCCGUGAAUGAAUACUAUGACUAUUUUGGGCCGGAUUUCAAACUGGACGUGCGAUCGAGCAACAUGGAGGACAAGAACUCGGUCGAGUAUCUGGAACGAAUCAAGAACGUU